GCAUAACCUCUUCCAAUUCCCCUUCUCUCUCUCUCUCUCUCUCUCUCUCCUUUUUUACACAAAAAUCCCCUCCAUUUGUACAUAUUUUAUCAACGUCUCCCCUUUCCCUCCUACCCUAACGGAUCUCACUCACCUCUCUCUCUCUCUCUCUCUCUCUCUCUCUCUCUCUCUCUCUUCGUCUUCAUCGCAGAUCCCCGAUCUUCGAGCUACUCUACGGCUCACUUCGUACAGCGAAAUCACACUCAGAGCAUAGCAUUUUUCACUCUUUGCAAUGUUCGUUGUUGUCUAACCUCAUCGUGGAUGAUCGUUAAAGCUGAUAGUAAGGAGAGAGUAAUGGUGGCUGAUGGUGGUGAGGUUUUUGCAAAGAAAAGUAUGAGAUGAAAAUACCGUAAACAUGGGAACUCGCCAUUAGGGACAUGACGAUCAUGCCGGCUCCCCGCCACAGGGCUGCUUCUAGACGACCCACGUGGAUAAUCGUCUUAAUUUCUUUGGUCUGCGUAACAUUGAUUGGGGCUUAUGUGUACCCACCUCGGCGUUACUCUGCUUGCUACUUCUUCGCUUCAAGUGUUUGCAGUCCUUUCAAGGAUUGGCUUCCUGCUAAGCGUUUGCGGGUACUAACAGAUGGCGAGAUUGCUUCUCGUGUCGUCUUUAGUGACCUUAUUGCUAUGCCUACAGUUCAGUCGAAGAAUCCUAAAAUUGCUUUCAUGUUCUUGACUCCUGGUACAUUGCCGUUUGAGAGAUUGUGGGCGAAAUUUUUUCAGGGACAUCAGGGAAGAUACUCCAUUUAUAUUCAUGCGUCAAGGGAAAAGCCUGUACAUGUUAGUCCUCUAUUUAGUGAUCGAGAAAUUCGCAGUGAGAAGGUGGUAUGGGGGAAGGUAUCGAUGGUUGAUGCAGAAAAGAGACUCCUGGCGAAUGCGCUCCAGGACAGUGAUAACCAGCAUUUUGUGUUGCUUUCUGACAGCUGUGUUCCGCUUCAUAAUUUCGAUUAUGUAUAUAAUUAUCUGAUGGGAACCAAUAUCAGCUUUAUUGACUGUUUUCAGGAUCCUGGCCCACAUGGCAAUGGCAGGUAUUCUAAGCACAUGCUACCUGAGAUUGAGGAGGACGACUUUAGAAAGGGAGCACAGUGGUUCUCAAUCAAGCGGCAACAUGCUUUGGUGAUUCUGGCAGACAGUCUUUACUACACAAAGUUCAAGCUUUAUUGCAAGCCAGGGAUGGAGGGACGACGCAAUUGCUAUGCUGAUGAGCAUUAUUUGCCAACCCUAUUUUAUAUGAUUGAUCCAACUGGAAUUGCCAAUUGGUCAGUGACACAUGUUGAUUGGUCAGAAGGAAAGUGGCAUCCAAAGGCAUAUCGGGCUAAGGAUGUCACUUUUGAGCUCCUGAAGAAUAUAACAUCUAUUGAUGAGAGUUUUCAUGUUACAAGCGAUGAAAAGAAAGUGGUGAUGCGGAAACCCUGCUUGUGGAAUGGGAUGAAGAGACCAUGUUAUCUAUUUGCGCGGAAAUUCUAUCCUGAAGCUCUGGACAACCUGAUGAACUUAUUCUCCAACUACACAACUAUUUGAAUUAGUCCACUCGAUUCUUUCGUCGAGUGCCUCCCCUUCGUAAUUAUUUUUUUCUUUUUAAUUUUCAUAAAUCAUCAGGCGUGAACCGGGGAAUCUGGCUCUGGAAACAGGAGAAGGGUUGCUGCGGCAAUUUGGAAGGCUCAGAAUUCUGAGCCCUCAUUCAGGGCUGAGGUGUCUGUCUAUUUUAAUGGCACACUAUAUGCCCUCUCAACAUGAUUUAUUCCUGUAUUAUCCAGUUUUUUUUUUCUUUUUUUCUCUUUUUUUUUUUCUUGGUUCUUUUUAGUGUUCUAGUGCUGCUCUAGUGAACAGCAAUUUUUGUUAGUCUAUUAACCUAAUAUAAUCUAAUCCAAUUUUCCUUUCUUAACAUUGUGAAAUGAUGAACAGUUACAUUUUUAUUUUUUCUUUUUUGUUC